CGGGCACGUUCACAGCUGCUGCAGCCGUGCGUCGUGAUCCACCAGCAACCGACCCGGGUUCCCACAUCGACAGUCGAGUCCCAGGACGCACGCGGUUCCACGUUUGCUACCUAACGAGCUGCCAGCGUCGGGCUCCCUUCGUCGAGUGGUACAUCGCAUAUCAUUUAGAUUGCCAAGAUGAAAGUGGAGGUAGCUAGCACGCGCAGACACCUCCUGGGCGAAGGGCCACACUGGGACGAGCGGAGCUCAACGCUACUCUUCGUCGACUGUCUCGGGCGGGAGGUGUCGCGCUACGAUCCCGCCAGCGGCACGGAGACUCAGGUCAUCCGCACGGAAGGUGACCUGGGCAACGUCAUCCCUUUCGCGCAAGACAACCGCAAGCUGGCGCUCUGCAUGGAGCACGGCCUGUACCGGCUCGACCUGGACACGCACCAGAGGGAGCUGCUGGUCGAGAUGCUCGACCCCAAAUCGACGGUGCAGUCCCGGCUCAAUGACGGCAAGUGUGACGCCCUGGGACGCCUCUGGACUGGAUCGAUGCCCUCCACAGGGGUGCAGAACCUGAUACCAAAGAAGAACAACUUCUGGUGUUACUCGAAGGGAACGCUGAAGCACAAGUUGAACGGGGUGACCUUAUCCAACGGCGUCACAUGGACGACGGACAGCAGGGUCAUGUUCUACGGCGACUCGGUGCCCGGAUUGAUCUACGCCUUCGAUUUCGACAUUGCCGCGGGCGAGAUCAGCAACCGGCGAGUGCUGGUCGAUUUCCGCACGACGCCCGGCUACGAGGACCUCGGCCUUCCGGACGGCAUGACCAUGGACGUCAACGACAAGAUCUGGAUGGCGUGCUUCGAAGGCAGCGCGGUGGUGCAGAUUGACCCAGAGACCGCCAAGAUCUUGACCAAGAUAAGCUUUCCAGCCAAGUACACCACGUCGUGCUGCUUCGGAGGCGAGAACUACGACGUGCUGUACGUCACGACAGCCAGUUUUCGCCCGGACGCCACUAGGGCCGAGGACGGCCUCCUCUUCCGAGUUACCGAGCUGGGAGCAAAGGGCAAGGCAGCCUACGAGUUUGGCGGUUAGACCCUAGCCGUGCUAGGCGUGCCGAUAGACGCCGCUGCGGCGUCGAAGCGACGGGUAGGCGCUGUACUGGUUAGACGCCCGAACAACGCGCAGCAUGUUUCUUCUUUUUUUUGACCGUUUACAGCGGUUACUUUUCGAAGCGCCAGGAGAUGGCGCUACCAGCACCGACUUCAUACAAUGCCACGCGACGUGGGCGGAAUGGUCGUGAUGUUCUAACUACUGUGUAUGUAAAAUGACAUAAUGGACAUGUGAAACGAAGUGUGCCGCUGUAUACCGAAGCAAUGUAUCCCGAGAAACGUAAAGAACUGUCCUCAUAAUUUCUGAAGAGAUUGUUCUGAAUUCAUGCUUGCUUCACCUCUCGAUUAAAUUCCAUACCAGGGGCGCUAUAACGUAAAACUAUUCCAAACUUUUCUAUUCCAAUUCUGCUAUCAGCCCUCCACGAUUGGUCAAAAACUUUUUUCGACCACGCCCACUUCACCUGUCUGUCACGCGACGUCACGAAAAUCGCGAUACUUCCCCAUCUGAUAUGUGUACACACUGUUUAUGCAUGAUUUGACAGAAAAAAGAAAAAAACGGUUAUUUCUAAUUAGAUCCCUUUUCGCUGUUAGCCUUCGGCUAUUGGUAAAAAGUUUUCGGGCUGCACCCACUUCACCUGCCUGUCACUCGCCGUCACAAAACCGCACAAACUCACUGCGUCAAAGUGACGUGUACGCGAUAAAGAUGCAUUAAUAUGCCGAACAAAACUGCAUUUUUUUCGGAAUAGCCGCAGGCUGCCCCGUUCCGAAAGGAAUGAAAGAAAGCUGCCGCCGAUCGCUGAGACGCUGGCUACUCGCACCUGCCGGAGAGCAUGGGUGUAUUUGCGUAUAAUAAAACUGCUUGCGUGACCGUGUAACGUUUUCAAGAACUUUCGGCACGUUUACUACCUCAUUCUGCCAACUCUUCUUUGCUGAGGGUCAGCUUUAGCGUCAUUCUUAAGCUUCCGUUGCAUGCCGCCGCGAUUUUCGACCAGCCACCACAAGCUAAGUAAGGGAAAGCCGACCAAUCGCAGACGCCGGCACCACCCUCUUCAUCCGGUUAUCGAUUUUCAGUGCACUGGCUCUGCCCCAGUCAAUCCCUCUCCACUUGAGCGUUCUCCUCGCCUCUUGUCAGCCAAUUAGAUACGACAAGCCGCUCAGUGUAGGCAAUGUUAUUCGUUUUUCAAGCAAACAAAAGUGACCUCCUAUGAACGAGGAGAGCGUUUGAUUGGUCUGUUCAGACAACCCGGCGGGUGACCGCCCGGCGCUUGCGUCAGUGGUUAUGCAAAUUUGACGUCAGGAGAUUGGAACAGAAACAUAUUGGAAUAGUUUUACGUUAUAGGGCCCCAGGCUUCUCCACCAUCAUUCCUCCCUAGAAUACCGGCUUCUGCGCCUUUCACGCUUUGCCCUGUUGCUCUCUACGAAUGUUGUUAUUGCACUCCUGCUUUCCAAUUUCUUAUUCUACAGUCAUAGUCGAGGGUCUUCCUGAACGCAUACUUAGGUAUCCUGAACACUCCAUACGCUGUCAAAGGUGUUCUACACAUGCGAAGUCCGUCUCACAAUGAACAAAAGUCCCGUGACUUACUUCCGGGUCACCGGUCAGUGGCUUUGGUGUUCAAUCAGCGUCUGCACGGACGGUGUUGUAGUUAUGUUACAUAACACUGGAGGGCGCCACGGGUUACCUUAGUAGUAUAUAUAUUCCGCCACUAAUCGAAAAAGUCGGCAGCAUGUUACACUGCUGUAAACACGUGAAGGUGAAAACGUGCUGCACACGUGGUAACGCAUUAAGUUAUCCAAUCGGAGGCGUCGGACUUCUUGCAAGGCAUAACGAGCUGCAGUGCGAAGUAAACGUAUUGCCAUGUAGAUCGACUUCCGCAAAGACACACGCGAACACCUAAUGCACUACCUAAAGGUUCUUUCGUUCGUUCUUUCUUUCUCUCCGUCGUUUUUUAUUUCCUUCUAUCACUCUUUGUUUCUUCUCUCUCUCUUCUUUCGUUGGUUCGUUCUUUAUUUCGUUUCUUCGUUCAUUCUUUCUUUUUUUUUCGUUUCUUCUUUCAUAUUCAGCCAUUCCAUAUUUGCUUGUUUACGGGUGUAUAAGCCAAUCCUAAUGUUAGUGUUUCCUUUCUUUCUUUCCUUCGUUCUUUUCUCCUUUCGUGUCUUCAUUCAUAUUCAGCCAUUACAGAUUUGCUUGCUUACGGCUGUGUCAGCUAUUCCAGAUUGCGUUAUUUGUUUCGUGUAUGAGCCAUUGCUGAUGAUGACAUUUUCGUACCACUCGUCAACGUUUUUGAACCGUUCGACUUGAUGGUAGUAUUUUUUCAACAACUCGACUAGACCCCUCAUUCUUGCGCGUAUGAGCCAUUGCAAUGAGCCACUGAAGGUUUUUGCCUUUAAGCGGGUCUCGUUCGCCUAACGUCGCUGUGCCUACUUGGCCUGAAGGCCACUCUGCACGUGUCAAGCGGAGUUACAACAGACAGUAAACGUGAUCGUAACGUCAUGCAACGUCAUGCUGAUCUCUGGUUGUUUUCCUGGGGAAAUGAAAUUAGCUCGAGUCAGUGUGAUCUACAAGAGUGGUCACCUAAAUAACUAUAGUCCUGUCUUUGUGCUGUCAGCUUUCGCAAGAGUUACUGAAUAUGUAAUUAACCAUCGCCUAUAUAGUUACAUUUCCGGCAACAUUUCUGUAGACCGACAAUUUGGCUUUAGAAAAAGAAGUUCGGAAUCCGCCUUACUUAGUAUAAAAGAAAAAAAAUGCUUAGUAACUUUCAGCGAAAAUCAAUAACGGUGAGGAUGUUCCUAGACCUGCGUAAAAGCUUUUGAUUCAGUAUCACACGACGUACUAAAAAGAAAAUGAGUUAUCACGGUAUAAGAGGAGUAGCGUCAGACUUACUCAGUAACUGUCCGAAUAUAAUUGCCAACAAUACACAACUGUGUAUCAUAUUAAGUCGAAUAAAGGAAUCAUUUCAACAGGCGUACCUCAACGGUCUUUACUAUGUCGGGUCCUAUUUUUGAUAUAAAUCAACGACGUAGUUCACGUACAGUUUACUAACGAUAUUGUGAUUUAGGCUAACGACACGAGUGUAUUAUUUUUGUUAGACAAGGUUGUCAAGAAUUGCAGUAUAUAGCAAAUGCACGGCUACCUGAACUCGCAUUAUGGCUAAAAGAAAAUCACUUGCAAUUAAAUGUUAACAAUACAAACUAUGUAGUGUUCAGACUAAAAGAUCAUUCACAGUAAUUUCUACUUGAAAUAUCGCAUGAAGUCAAAAUCAAGUGCGAGUCAAAAAUCAAAUUUCUUGGUGUAUUUCAAGAGAAUAUUUUGUGGUCAGAACACUUUCAUUAUUUAUCCAUUAAAGUAGCUCGUUCUUUUGGCAUAAUAAAUUUCUUUAUGCAUUACCCGUUCGAGUAAAGCUGGUAUUGUGUUACUGCUUGUCUACUCCUAUGUUUAUAAUUGCAUUUUAUUAUGGGGAACGACUAUGGAAACUAAUGUAAUGAAGAUUUCCAUACUAAAAAAAAAAAGCUGUACGUGCUAUUCAACAUGUAUCACUUCGUAAAAGCACGAAAAGUUUACUUUUAAAACACAGCCUAGUGAGCAUAGCAGAAACAUAUCUAAAGAAUUUAUCGAUUGAUUGCAUAAACUAGUCAGAAAUGAUAAACAAGCUUUUGAACAAAACUAUUUAAAUGUGAACACAUCGUACGAUUUUCGACAUAAACACUAUGGGUUUGACCCAACACGAACAAAUUAUGGCCUUCAAGAACGUUCGGUUGUUAAACCUCGUAUGUUAAACGUUCAUCCAGAAAUUAUUUUCUAAUUAGGAUACAUUCAAACGGUAAGCUUCUUUCAAAUAUUUUAAACAGUUUGCUAUAACGAGAGAUGUAAACCAGUAUCGUGCCCUUUUCUUGUUUUCUUCUUCAGUGACCGCGUUAUGAUUUCUGUAUCUUUAAUGAACGCUUAGUAACUACCAAUGACUGAUUUUUCAAACUACUGUUUUGCAUGCUACGUAAUGACUUGCAUUGCUGUAUUUUAGCUUCGUUCAUGUUAUCUUUGUGUUUGUUGUUAAUAUUACGCGUGACAUGGAAAAUGUUUGAAUUCCACUUAGUGACUGUGUAAACACUGUGUAACAUUUUUUUUUGUAAAUCUUAUUGCAACCGCAUGUGCUCGAACCACCGAAGGGGGGUGGGGCCUUUGUCAGGUGUUGCGAAACACCUUUAGCCCAAUCUUCCUCGCUCUUCAGUGCAUACUGUGAACCGAAAUAAAAUGUUGUUGUCCAGACCA